AAGCCGCAAUUGGAGGCGAGAGCGACUCAACCUGUGGAAGCCGCCCGUGAUGAGCAGCUGAUCCUCCCGCAGUGGAUGACUAAAAAUACAACAACAAAAAAAAAAAUCGCCAUGGUCACCGACGAGUGAUGACUUCUCGUCCCGCGCGCGCCACUUUGUGAUUAGUCAUUGGAGAAGUAGACAGAAGCGACAUAACUAGAAGGAGAGUAGAUUGCGGAGAGUGAAGCGGUGUUUUGUUUGUUUUUUGGACCUGUUGACCAUCGGUGUGACAGACGGACACACACACGCGCGCGCGCGCUCACACACAGAGACCACCUGCUGCUCACCGACCAUCAGCCAUGUUAGUGUCAAGUUUGCUGCUUUUCACCUUUUCUCGCUUUUGGGCGACUCUGUUGGUGUGCUACCUGCCUGAAGUCUGCGCACAGAAGCCUGGCUCCCGGUGGCUGAUCGGAGACAGGGACAGUCACUGUGGGGUCAUCUGCUCCCGGACACAGGGCAAGCCGGUGUGCGGCUCGGACGGCCGCAGCUACGAGACGGGCUGCGAGCUGCAGAGGGCGCGCUGCAAGGACAAGGCGCUGACACUGGCCCACCGCGGCCGCUGUCGAGGUGAGGACUCGACCCGCGUUUUCACUCCACGUAAAAAUUGGGCGAAAAUCGAUCAGUUGCCGCCGGCCCCGGCACCAACCUCCACGUCGGAGACGAGUGGCGUGGAGCUCAAAGAUGCAGGUCAGUCCAAGUGUCGCGUUGAGAGGAACCAGGCCCUGGAACAAGGCAGGAGACCUCAGGAGGCCCUGUUUAUCCCAGAAUGCAACGACGACGGCACAUUCACGCAGGUCCAGUGCCAUACGCUGACAGGUUACUGCUGGUGUGUCACCAGUGACGGCAAGCCAGUGAGUGGCUCCUCGGUGCACAACAGGACCCCGGUGUGUUCAGGAAACUUCCGUGAAUUUAUGGGAACUCAUGCUGGGACAAGUGGAUUGUCAGGGUCAGUAACCGAUAGACCACCCGGGCCACCGAACCCUGGUAGAAAAGUCUCCUUCCGUUUCUUUCUCACUCUCAACCCAGAUGAUGGCUCCAAGCCCACGCCCACCAUGGAGACUCACGUCCCCCCUGAGGGUGACGAAAUAACCGCCCCAACGCUGUGGAUAAAACAGCUGGUUUAUAAGGAGAAUAAGCAGAACAGCUCCACUUUGAGAAAGCAAGAGAAAGUUCCCUCUUGUGACCAGGAGCGACAGAGCGCACUGGACGAGGCUCGGCAGAAUCCUCGCGAGGCCAUUUUCAUCCCCGACUGCGGGGCCGCGGGCCUUUACAAGCCGGUCCAGUGCCACCAGUCCACAGGCUACUGCUGGUGUGUUCUGGUGGACACGGGACGGCCCAUUCCCGCCACAUCCACCAGGUACCAGACGCCAGAGUGUGACGACGCUGCGCGAGCACGCACCUCGGACACUGAAGACCCCUUCCAAGCCAGAGACCUGACAGGCUGCCCAGAAGGGAAGAAAGUGGAAUUCAUUACGAGCUUGUUGGAUGCCCUCACAACAGACAUGGUGCAAGCCAUAAACUCACCAGCCCCCUCCGGUGGUGGGAGGUUUGUUGAGCCUGAGCCCAGCCACACUUUAGAGGAGCGGGUGGUGCACUGGUACUUUGUCCAGCUGGACAACAAUGGCAGCCACGACAUCAACAAGAAGGAACUCAAGCCGUUUAAGAGGUACCUGAAGAAGAAAGCCAAGCCCAAGAAAUGCGCCCGCAAGUUCACCGACUACUGCGACCUGAACAAGGACAGAGCCAUUUCCCUGCAGGAGCUGAAAGGCUGCCUGGGCGUCAGCAAGGAGGGGAGCUCAACAACAAGUGGCAUCCAAGGCCCAAGGCAAGGGACUAAAUUGUUCAUAGGUCGUCUGGUGUGAGCACAGAGGGAAGCUGAGACGAGAGCAGAGGGCACAGAGGGAAGGCAUCUGUACGCCUGCUGACAGGAAAGAGAAAGAUGGGGCAGAAAAAUCACAAAAGUUAAAAAAAAAAGAGAGUGUACAGAAAAACAUGAAAAGAAAACGAAGCGGCGCCAAAAUAUUUGCACUUUCUCCUCCCUGUGUUUGACAUGUUAUCUGUUUGUACGUGUUUUUUUUUUCUUUCUCUUGAAGUGACUGCAAAGGUCUAGGUAAGAAUGAGAAUGCAUUUGUAAAAACCACUGGAGGAUGUGUAAGAUGCCACAUUUGCCCCGUGGGUUUUCGUCUGCUGUUGUGAUUAAUUUCGUCCUCGCACAACAGGAAAAGGCAGCAGCACGCAUUUUGGCUAUUGAAUAAAAUGUUUGUUUCCUCAGUUAAGCGUAGCAGCCCACACGGCUGUGGUUUGUCACUACGGAGGCGCUUAUAGUCAAAAGUUGCUCCAUACUAUGGAAAUGUGUAUGUGUCUGUCAUAUGAGGAGAACGGUGUGUAUUAGAAGCCAAACUGACAUAGUUAGCUGAGGAAGCCCCUUGCACUGCACAGAACCCUCUAGAUACAUUUACGGCUUCAAUAUCAGAUCUUUGUGAAAAACGUGGUGUGUUUUUGGUUCAGUACACAGUGCUGUAAGAACAUACCACACGGUUACUUAAAGGUGUACUUUAAGUACCAAACCCGUAGUGUUGUUUUCUGCGUGUUGUCUGCGCAAGACGCCACAAGGUUUUCAUUGUUUUCCUACUUUUGUAAAAACUUUUGGCUAACAAAAGUGACAUAGUUUUAGUUAAGAAAAAAAACAUGGCAAAAAGCUAACAUUAAUUAAUUGUGGAAAAAGUGUAUCAGUUGUCAGAAAUAACAAUGUUGUUGAAAUACUUUUAAAGUUGUGAGAAACCACUUUUACUAUCCAUUGGAUUUCAUGAUUCAAGCAGCUUUGCGAAAACCACAAUGAAGGCCGUUAGUUUACAGUCUUUUUGGUUCUAUGUAUCAUUUUAUGUUUCACUACCCUACUUGGGUCAAACAGCUUAAUCCUAUUUCCACUGUGUUGAUGGUGAAGUCUCUUCUUUUGUGUUUAUUUUGGUGAUCAUGAGCUCAUAGUGUUCUACUGGCUACCUUUACAAAUUGCAAUAGCGUCAACAAAUCUGCGACUGAGACCCCCUGGUGGGGAUUUUUUUUUUCCAAAACGCAUUACAGUCCAGAGAAUGACUUAACUAUUCCUACUCGUACCCGGAAAGAACAGUGGGACAGAUGACUAAACCCAACCAGUAAACGCAGUGAGAAGUUCACUGUCUCAGUGUCCCGUUAAUAUCGGCUCCUUUUACCCGUCGUACUCACGUUUAUUCCAGUUGUUGUCAACAAAAUGUGGCAUUCACCAAUGCCAGUUCCUAAAAUAAAUAUUUGAGUCUUCCCA